GGUUCCCAACACAGUCUACACCCAAGGAACGAAGAGCAAGCGCCAUGUUGAAGCCACCAUUGCCACUCAGAUCCCUCUUAUUCCUGCAGCUGCUUCUGCUGGUGGUGGGGCUGAACGCAAUGCUCCCCACGCCCAUUGGGAAUGAAGACAUCACAGCUGAUUUCUUCCUUACCUCUAGACUCCCUGGGACCCUCAGUGUUCCCAUCCGGCCCCUCCCAGAGGUCCAGUGUUUUGUGUUCAAUGUCGAGUACAUGAAUUGCACUUGGAACAGCAGCUCUGAGCCUCAGCCCACCAAUUUGACUCUGUACUAUUGGUACAAGAACUCAGAUGAUGAUAAAGUUCGGGAGUGUGGCCACUAUCUAUUCUCUGAAGAGAUAACUUCUGGCUGUUGGUUGCAAAAAGAGGAGAUCCAUCUCUACCAAACAUUUGUUGUCCAGCUUCAGGACCCACAGGAACCCAAGAGGCAGGCCAUACAGAUGCUAAAACUGCAGGAUCUGGUGAUCCCCUGGGCUCCAGAGAAUCUAACUCUUCGCAACCUGAGUGAAUCCCAGCUAGAACUGAGCUGGAGCAACAGAUACUUGGACCACUGUUUGGAGCACCUGGUGCAGUACCGGAGCGACUGGGACCGCAGCUGGACUGAACAAUCAGUGGACUAUAGGCAUAGCUUCUUUCUGCCUAGCGUGGAUGGGCAGAAACUGUACACGUUCCGGGUUCGGAGCCGCUAUAACCCACUCUGUGGGAGUGCCCAGCAUUGGAGUGAAUGGAGCCGACCAAUCCACUGGGGCAGCACUACUUCAAAGGAGAAUCCUUCGUUGUUUGCAUUGGAAGCUGUGCUUAUCCCCCUUAGCUCCAUGGGAUUGAUUAUCGGCCUCAUCUGUGUGUACUGCUGGCUGGAACGGGCCAUGCCCCGAAUUCCUACCCUCAAGAGCCUAGAGGAUCUGGUUACUGAAUACCACGGGAACUUUUCGGCCUGGAGUGGUGUGUCUAAAGGAUUGGCGGAGAGUCUGCAGCCAGACUACAGUGAACGGCUAUGUCACGUCAGUGAGAUUCCCCCAAAAUGAGAGGCUCUAGGGGUGAGGCCUGGGGGCUACCCCUACUGGGCUCUUCUGUGUUACACACUGACACCUGAAACCUGAGCACUGACACUCUGACGGAACCCUAGGGUCCUGUAGCCCUAAAUUAUACUAACUUCCCUUCAGAGGAGCCAGCCAGUCCGAUGCUCAUCUUGCCCCACCAUGGCUGAUUUUGAAUUUUAUGCCCCCUAUAACUGCCCCUUUAUUCAAUAUCUCUUACUUGAGAAUUGCCCCUUUGCCCUGUAUGUGUUUCUCAUCCCUCCCAAUCCAGCCUUCCUCCUCUCAGGAUUGUUUCUUCUGCCGUCCUGCUGUCCCUCCCUCCCUCUUUCCAUCUACCCUUCAGUUAUUCCCAAAUCAAUGAGAAAUAAAGUUUCUGUUGAUAAUCAUUAAA